AAACAAAUACGUUUUCUAUAUAAAAUGGUCCAACACUGUUAAGUUGAACUCAGAAGUGUGUACAGUAUUGUAGGUAUAAGUGCGUAUUAUUAUUAUAGAAGUUCAUUAUUACUAGUUGGAGAUCGGUUAGGAAACAACCAGCCUAAAAAAUGGGUGUUUUCAAUUUAGUAGCAUUAGCAUUAUUCGCCGUUGGAUCUUUUGCUAACGAAAAUAAUCCAACAAAUGAUGAAAUUUUUUGGGGAGCAAAGAAAUGGGUAGUUUUGGUAGCUGGUUCGGAUGGAUGGAGCAAUUACAGACAUCAGGCUGACAUAUGCCAUGCAUACCAAAUAAUUAGAAGUAACGGAAUACCAGCAGAAAAUAUCAUAACAAUGAUGGUGGAUGACAUUGCUAAUAAUCCCAGAAAUCCUACACCUGGAAAGAUCAUUAACAAGCCAAACGGCACUGACGUUUACGAAGGAGUUGUAAUCGACUACAAAGGAAAAGACGUAAACAAAUCAAAUUUCUUAAAAAUUAUCACUGGUGACAAAAAAGGCAUGGAAUCCAUUGGAUCUGGAAAAGUCGUAAAAGGUGGACGACAUGAUAGGAUUUUCAUUAACUUUGUCGAUCACGGUACCACUGGAAUCUUAGGUUUCCCAGAUGAUUAUUUGUAUGCCGAUGAAUUAAACAAUGCAUUUAUUUCUAUGCGUGGAAAUGGAACUUAUAAAAAGAUGUUGUUAUACAUUGAAGCAUGUAGAGCUGGAUCUAUGUUUGAUGGUAUACUUGCCGAAGACACAGACAUUUUGUCAGUAACCGCAUCAGGACCAAGAGAAAGUUCUUAUGGUUGCUACUGCGGAUCCCAAUCUGGUCCAUACAAGACAUGUCUUGGAGAUUUGUUCAGUGUCACAUGGAUGGAAGACUUGGAUAUGCCAACAUCCGGUAGGGAAGCAAGAAGACGGUCCGUUUUCAACGACUUUAGGGAAGUUAGAACUAACGUAACCAAAAGUAAUGUCAUGAUCUAUGGAGAUUUCGAAACCGGUAAAGAAAAACUCUCCUCGUUUAUCGGUUAUCAUGGAAAUGAUGACUCGCAGGCUGUGCGUUCAAACGGAAUCGAUAUAAAAGCUACAGUAUCCAGUCGAGAUGUGCACGAAAGCGAAGUACAAUAUCAAUUGGCGCACGAUAAGUUAUCACUUCCAGAAUCACUCAAAUUAUCAGCGGAAUUACGUCAAAAUAACAAGAUGAGAUCUGUCAUAGACUCUGUGUUCCAAAAUAUUUACUCAGAGGUGGUGAAGAUGAGGCCGGACAUCAAGAGCGAAAUCGGUGACUUGGAAGAACCCAGCUAUCUACAACUGAAUUUGUCCAUGUUCCCAUGUUACAGAAGCAUUUUGAAUCAAAUCACCGAGAGCUGCUUUUCUUUGCCCAAGAAUCCUUACGUAUUGGAUAAGUUAACGAUUUUCGCCAACAUGUGUGUCGUCGACAAUCAAAUUGACCAGUUGGUUCGCAAUAUUGUCUUUAAAUCAUGUUCAAACGUACCAGACAACAUAAUAAACAUACAAUAAAAUGUAAUAUUAUUUUAAAAAGUGAUAAGAAUAAAGUACAACAAUUUAAUAUUGAAGUUUCAACGUUUAAUGACAUUUAAUAAUUAAUAAAAUAUUAAAAUUUAAUAAUUAAUAUCUA